CUUUGUGUUGCCAGUUUCGUUCUCUUAUUAUAAAAAGGAAUUUUCAAAGUGACAAAAAAAAGAGUCUUUUCUUAUAAAAGAAUAUAUAUGUGUCAAAUGAUGUUUAGUGUAAUAUUUUUUUCUUUGAUUUUACUUCAAGUUGACGGUACACAAUUGUCGACUAAAAUUAUUAAUGGGAUUAAUGUUAAAAGUGGAAUUUAUAGUUUUAUGGUGUCGAUUCAAGAUGAUAAAGAGCAUAUAUGCGGCGGUGCAAUUUUAAAUAAAUAUUAUAUUUUAACAGCUGCUCAUUGUUUUGAAAGUUAUAAAAUUAAUGAAAUACAAAUAAAGGCAGGAAGUACAAAUUUAAAUGGUUUAAAAUCUCAUAAGGUUGAUAAAAUAAUUGUUCACAAAAAAUAUAGUUCUACAACUGGUGAAUAUGAUAUCGCUUUAGUUAGAUUAAAAAAACCAUUCUCAUCAAAUGAUAAUUUAAUUCAAUUUGUUAAAUUGCCAAAAUUUGAUAAUGAUCCAAAAGUGAAUCAAACAGUUUUUGUUGCUGGUUGGGGUAGAACUAUUGACAAAGAAAUUUCAAAUGAAUUGAUGAAAAUUAAUCUUAUAGUAGCAGAUCAAAAAAACUGUAUGGAAAUUUUUGAGGACGAAUUCUUGUAUUUUAAAAUAACUAAUAGAAAUUUUUGUAUUCGAAGUCCUUCUGGAAUACAUGGUCCAUGCAUUAGGGAUUCUGGUGGACCUGUGGUAUCAUUUAAAAAAGAAAAAGGAAAAAAAAUUCCAAUUAUUUUAGGUAUUAUAUCAUGGUCUGAUACUAAUUAUUGUGGAUAUCCUGAAUAUCCAGAUGUUGUUACUAAAGUAUCAAAAUACUUGAAUUGGAUUAAAGUUAAAUCUAAUGUAUAAAUUAAUUUUUUGUUAAUGUAUAUUAUUUUAUUAAAAUAUAUUCCACUUUUA